CUUGAUCGGAUCUGGCAACCCGCGCUGUCAGGCGCUCAGUCGAGGAAGCUCCCUAGUAAUGUGGCUUCAAAAUCUCACCAAUACUUCAUCACAACUAGUCCUUUAUUAGCUGUAGGCACUGUUCAGCGGAUGGUUAAAGCGUUGAGACCAGCUACCGAAAGCACAGCUGAGUUUCCAGCGUAAACCUCGCGUGUUUCAUCGCGCUGCGCAGACAUAAGGCCGGGGACAGACUCUGAGGUAUCCAGCAUUGUCUCCAAAGAGUGCAAAGCAGCAUGAUCGCAGAUCUUUGGCACCAGAUCGUCCGCUGAUGGCGUGCUGUGAGACCAUGGCCCUGAGGAACGUCACGCGUGAUCUCCUGCGCCGGCAGAUCCGGGAGAACCGGGCUCUGGACUUCCAGAGACACUACCAUGUGACCGACCCGUUUAUAAAGCGUCUGGGGCUGGAGGCCGAGCUACAGGGUCACUCUGGCUGCGUCAACUGUCUGGAGUGGAACGAGAGAGGAGACCUCCUGGCCUCAGGUUCAGAUGACCAGCACGCCAUCGUCUGGGAUCCGUUCCGGCACACCAAGCUCAUCACUAUGCACACGGGACACGCAGCCAACAUCUUCUCCGUGAAGUUCCUGCCUCACUCUGAGGACCGGAUCUUAAUCACAGGAGCCGCAGACACCAAGGUGCAUGUGCACGACCUGACGGCGAAGGAGACCACUCACAUGUUCUCCGACCACACUAACCGCGUCAAGCGCAUCGCCACGGCUCCCAUGAGACCCAACACCUUCUGGAGCGCGGCGGAGGACGGGGUCAUCAGGCAGUAUGAUCUGAGAGAAAGCAGUAAACGCUCGGAGGUGUUAAUCGAUCUGACGGAGUAUUGUGGGCAGCUCGUGGAAGCCAAAUGUUUGGCCAUCAACCCUCGUGACAACAACUACCUGGUUGUGGGAGCCAACGGGCCCUUCGUCCGGCUCUACGACAUCAGAAUGAUCCACAAUCACAGGAAGUCUUUGGGUCAGAGUGGCUCAGCCGGUGUUCACACGUUUUGCGACAAGCGGAAAUCGAUACCGGACGGCGCGGGACAGUACUAUGUCGCAGGUCACUUACCGGUGAAGCUUCCCGAUUAUAACAACAGAUUACGAGUUCUGGUGGCCACCUACGUCACAUUCAGUCCUGACGGCACUGAGCUGCUGGUAAACAUGGGUGGAGAACAGGUGUAUUUAUUUGAUCUGACGUUCAAACAGAGGCCGUACACCUUUCUGCUGCCCAAAAAAUGCCACUCAUCAUCAGAGGUACAGAAUGGGAAGACGACCAACGGUGUGUCCAAUGGGAUUCAUCUUCCUGCCAGCCGCCUCAAACUGGCUACAGUUUCCAGUGGCUCCAGUGAUCUUCCUCCUCAUCUGGAGAGGAUCAAGCUGCAGGCUAAUGAUGCGUUCGCGCAGCAGCAGUGGACUCAAGCCAUCCAGCUCUACAGUCUGAGCAUCCAUGAAGCCGGCCACAACGCCAUGCUGUACGGAAACCGCGCUGCCGCGUACAUGAAGAGAAAGUGGUACGAUAAACGCUUCUGAGGCAAGAUGGGCUGCAUGGUUCGAUUAAUAAAACAUCAUGAUUAUUUUGACAUUGGAAACGACUCGUCUCAUGUUGGAGAUGUGCAGCGCCUCAUGCAUGCAGCACUAUUUCUUUAAUCAUAUCACGGCCUUUUGUUCUUCAAGGAAAGACACAUAGGGAAUAGGCUCUGAAUACGGUAAUAUUUUGCUUUCCCCACUUGAUCAA